AGAAAGAGAGGACUUGCACAGACUCUGCUGCUUCGGGUUUUGCGGGACACGGUUACCGAAUGUGGGUCAGUAUUUUGUUCUUGUCGCUGUUUUUUAGACAGAACUGUAAGGAAACUUUUGAGGAGCUUCUGCAGAAGGGGUCACGGCUGAGACUGAACUACAGAGGGAAUCUGCAAAGUGCUGGAUCGCCGACCGUCUCCAUCUGUAUCUGAGAUUUGUGUCCGUCCGAAAAAGAAAAAGGGGGGCUUUAUUGGAAAUUCUCUAACCCCCAGCGGGACGCUCACAGUCCCUCUUCUCCAAAGUCCCUCCAAGGAAACCUGAGUUUGCUGGGAUCAAAUUAAGGCCACCGACUGAUGCAGACAAUUCCAGCUUUCCACAAGAGGGUCUGAAGGUGCUAUCCCAGGGUUCUGAGCGCCAAUGCCAGUGGACAUGCAGCCACAUCAGGGGCUGUAUCAGUACGAGUCUGCACCCAACCAGCCGUCCAGAGGCCUGACCCCAUCGGGAAGUUACGUUGAUGUCUCUGCGCUCCGCCCACCACAUCACAACGGCCAGCCCCCUGACAGCAGAGCCAUGUACAACCCCCUAACCCCCAACAUGACCCCUGGCCCCUGCAUGGAUCCUUACAUGCGCCCCCCCCAUGGGCAUCCUCCGCACGGCAUGCUGGGACAUCGGGGCAUGCCCCCUACUGAGGGAGGCAAUGGAUCCACCUACUGCAGCCAGAACAAUCUGAUGUCGUCCCACCACAGCUUCUCCCACGGUCAGCACGGCCAGGAACAUAUUGGAACAGGUGACGGCUCGCGGUUCUCAACCCCUCGCUCCAUGCUGAAGCUGAGCAAGAAGAGAGCGCUGUCCAUCUCUCCGCUGUCCGACGCCAGCGUGGACCUGCAGACCGUCAUCCGCACUUCGCCCAACUCCCUGGUGGCCUUCGUCAACUCGCGCUGCGGCCCCAGCGGGAACGGCUCCUACGGUCACCUGUCUGUCGGGGCCAUGAGUCCAUCAAUGGGGUACUCCAGCUCAAUGAACUACCAGUCCAGACCCCAGGGCAAUAUGUAUGGCGGUGGGACACCCCUGGGACACCCCCCUGGACCCUGCCAUGCACCUUCUCCACGUCUGGUGCCCCACAAUCCCCGGCUCCACGCUCCCCCAAAACACUGCCACAUGAAGACGGAGCCGGUGCUGGGCAGCGUGAUGGACAGCCUCAGUGUGAAGGGUCUGGAGGAAAGGUCAGAAGGAGACGUCGCCAGUCCCUCCUCCACCGGAACACAGGACCCCCUCCUGGGGCUGCUGGAAGGGCGCGAGGACCUGGACAAAGAGGACGGAAAGCCAGAGCCCGAGGCCAUCUAUGAGACCAACUGCCACUGGGAGAGUUGCAGCAAGGAGUUCGACACGCAGGAGCAGCUUGUGCACCACAUCAACAAUGAGCACAUCCACGGGGAGAAGAAGGAGUUCGUGUGCCACUGGCAGGACUGCUCCCGGGAGCAGCGACCCUUCAAGGCCCAGUACAUGCUGGUAGUGCACAUGCGCAGACACACGGGCGAGAAGCCACACAAGUGCACUUUUGAGGGCUGUAACAAGGCGUACUCGCGCCUGGAGAACCUCAAGACGCACCUGCGCUCGCACACGGGGGAGAAGCCUUACGUCUGUGAGCACGAAGGCUGCAACAAGGCCUUCUCCAACGCCUCCGACCGCGCCAAGCACCAGAACCGCACGCACUCCAACGAGAAACCUUACGUGUGCAAAAUCCCGGGCUGCACCAAGCGCUACACGGAUCCCAGCUCUCUGCGCAAGCACGUCAAGACCGUGCACGGCCCUGAGGCUCACAUCACCAAGAAGCAUCGCGGGGAUACUGGCCCUCGGCCUCCUGGGUCUGUGCUGCCCCCUUCUGGCCAAGGGUCAGAAAUGCACCUGGAGAAGGAGGAGAGUCGCCGGGAGGACUGUAAACUGCUCGCCCCUGAGACAGUGUUGAAAUCCCAGCCCAGCCCUGGCGGCCAGUCAUCCUGCAGCAGCGAGCGAUCACCACUAGGGAGCGCCAACAACAAUGACAGUGGCGUGGAGAUGAACGCCAAUGCGGGCGGCAGCCUGGAGGACCUGACGGCGCUGGAGGACGGGGGGGCCGGAGGGGGCGACGCUGGGGGCGGCGUGGGGACCACAGGGAUGGGCAUGUCGGCCCAGGCUCUCAAGAGGCUGGAGAACCUGAAGAUCGACAAGCUGAAGCACAUCCGCCGGCCCACACCCCCCGGACGCAACGGCACGGGCGGCAGCAAGCUUCCUGCGCUCACAGCUUCCGGGGAGAUGCUGGGAAUGUGUGCCCCAUCGCCCAUGCUGUCAAACCGGCGUGUGAUGGAGCUGUCCAAUCCAGAGCUAGGGGGUGGCGUAGGGGGCGGGCCCUGUCCCCCGAACGACAGGCGGGGCAGCGGCACCAGCAGCCUGAGCUCCGCCUACACCGUGAGCCGGCGCUCCUCCAUGGUCUCGCCCUACCUGUCCAGCCGCCGCUCCAGCGAGGUGUCCCAGAUGGGCGGGGGAGGCGGUCAUCCCCAGACCAUCCUGGGCCAGGACCAAGGAGGAGGAGGAGGACACCCCCUCUCCCCAGAGACGGGGCGCAGGGCGGGGUCGUGCCGCGGGGGAGGGGGGCUGCCGGGUCUCCCCAGCCUCACCCCAGCGCAGCAGUACAGCCUGAAGGCCAAAUACGCAGCCGCCACCGGCGGGCCCCCUCCCACACCCCUGCCCAACAUGGAGCAGCCGGGGACCCCGAGACGGAUGGGCGGGUUCCUGAGCGAGUACCACGGCCAGCCCCUGCCCCCGUUCCUGCAGCAGGGGGCCGCUCGUCGGCACAGUGCCAACACCGAGUACGGCACGGGCAUCAUCUACCCCCACCAGGCCCCCGGGAAUGGUGCGCGGCGGGCCAGCGACCCGGUCCGAUCCGGUGCCGAGCCCCAGUCCCUGCCUAAGGUGCAGCGCUUCAACAGCCUCAACAAUGUGGCGGCCAUGGGCCGGCGCAACGCCACUGUAUCGCUGCCACACUGCGGCUCCGACGCCAACAUCGCCCGCCACAUGUACUCCCCGCGGCCGCCCAGCAUCACCGAGAACGUCAUGAUGGAGGCCAUGGCCAUGGAGCCGCAAGGCGGUGCUGAGGGCCGCGAGGAGUCCAUGAUGCCGCCAGGCCACAGGGCCUAUAUGGGGUACCAGCACCACGCUCACCACCAGGGGGCGCCAGCGCAACUCUCUCCGGGCCACGAGAGCCUGGGCUACCCUGAGCAGGCCUACCAGGUGCAAGGGAUGCAGGGACACUACCAGGGCCAGAGCGGGAACAUGGGGGCGGGAGGGGGGGGCCAGCUGGGCCAGGCCGAGGCCAGCAGCCUGCUGCAGCAGGCCGAGUACAGCAUGAGCGCCUGCCAGCUCAGCCCCUCUGGCCCCCACUACCCGAGCCUGGGGCAGGCCGGGGAGCCCGUGGGGGGGCCAUGGGGGGAGCACAGCCAGCCUGGCGUGGCCAGCCAGAUUCAGAGCCCCCACGGGCCGCAGGAGGGGAUGCAGUACCAGGGCCAGGGGAUGCAGCUGCCAUCACGGGUGCACUUCAGCCAGCAGGGCCUGUUCAACAGCAACCCGGGUGGCGUCCAGAAGCUGGCCAUCAAGCCGGAGCAGCAGUACCACCCUUCCCUCGGGGCCCCGAACCAGUGCCAGAACAUGAAGCAGCACCACCAGCAGCACCCCCACCAGCCUCCCGUACCCCUGUCCCCGCAGGGCUACGCCCAGCAGCAGGCCAGCCAGGUGAUGCUGAGGUCCACCAACGCCAGCUGUGACUUCCAGGGCCAGAUGGACCCCCAGACACCCCAGCAGCAGCAGCAGGGCUCCUUCCCCAGCGCCGGGGGGCUGAGCCUGGGGUGCGCCGGGUCCCCCCUGGGCGACGGCCGGCGGUCCCAGACGCCCAUGAUGCAGGUGAAGGAGAUGAUGGUGAGGAACUACGUGCAGUCCCAGCAGGCUCUGAUGUGGGAGCAGCAGGAGCAGCGGGCGGCGGACAUGAGCGUCUCCGGGAAGCCCGGCCAGCAGCCCGGCCUCGCAGACGGCAUGGAGAUGGAGGGGCAGGCGGCCAUGAUGCAGCACAGCCCACACCACCAGCACCCGGCCCAGAACCUCUACUCCGGCAGCGGCUACCCGGGCUACCCCAACCAGAACCUCAUGAGUCCCCCCGCGCACAACGGAGGCCCGGGCUCGGUGCAGCCGAAAGACCCGCUGCUGGGCCUGGCGGGCCCCUGCUACGGUAUGGACAUGGUCGCCCCUCGACCACCGCAGGGGCGGAAGCCGCUCAGUCGCCAGAACAGCCUCUCGCAGCAGCAGCAGCAGCCAGGUGGGGGGUACCUGUCCAGCCCGCCCCACCUCAGCCCGGGACACUCCGCCGCCAGUCCCGCCAGGAGAGGGGUCCGUCUGCCUCCAGUGCAGCACCAGCAGCAGCCUCAUUCCGAAAUGCUUCCCCCCGCUAACAGCGCCAUGUACUACUCCGGCCAGAUCCACAUGCACCCCGACCUGGAGAAGCAGCACUCGCACCAGGACGCCCAGUCGGGGCCCUGCCUGAGCCAGCAGCACAUGGGGCCCCUGGAGACCGGGGCCAAGUCCGCGUCCCUUGCGUACCCAGAGCCGGCGCCCAUGUCCAACGCGCUGGACAACCUGGACCUGGAGAAUGCGCAGAUCGACUUCGCCGCCAUCAUCGACGACCCCGACCCGGCCUCCUUCAGCCCCCUGCAGCCCCUCCCGGGCCAGCACCCGUCCCAGUCGCAGAGCUCCUCACGCCUCACCACCCCGCAGACCUCCCUCUCCCUGCCCGCCGGGCUCUCCAACAUGGCCGUAGGUGACAUGACCUCCAUGCUCACCUCCCUGGCCGGGGAGAACAAGUAUCUCAACACCCUGUCCUAGACAGGAGGGUGCAGCCCAGACCACGGACUCAGUCAGGACAGAUGGACACAGGAGUAUGAUAAAAGCCCACUGCCUUCUAGUUAAACCAAAGGUGCCUGUUGAACAUUCACGUACUGAGGCCCGUGGGUCAGAGUCUGCUCAUCGGUGCUGUUCAGAAAGCGCAGCUGAUCCCCUGCUUCAGUUUCCAGACUCUUUCCUGAGGGCCCCACCCGCAAGUGUUGCGGUUCACUAACAGUGGCAUACUCACCAUUGCAGCAGAAAGCAAACAACGGUACUGAAAGUUUACAUGUGAUGUAAAUAAGGAAAACAUUUAUAUAUGCUGUGUAUAUGACGAUGCUGACAGUGAAGAGAGUAAUUACUCCAUGAACUACACGUCCAGUCAAGGGGGGACUGGAUUUUGAAAUCUUUCACAGUCCUGAAAGAGAAGCACAGAAGACCUGACAAAGGGACAUGCUGUUUGUCUAGAAGUGCAUGUAGAGGUACAGAAACUGUUUUUGACUCUGUGAACUCUUGUAUAACCACAGUGGCAUAAUACUGACUGAAAUAUACGCCGUUAUGACAGCAGUUUAUAGAUUGAAGUGCACCAGACUUAGGAUCAUUUGAAAUAAAGAGCUGUAGGCAAAGGAUAUGUAUAAGAAAAAAGGAGAAUUCUGUUCACCCCCUUUGAGUUUAUGAUUAUCCAUUAAGCUGUUCAUCCUGGACUGUAUUUGGAUCAAUCAAGUGAGAAUAAAGUGCCUUUGCCCUCUAGGGCCACUGACUGUGGCCUGCGUCCUAAAUGAUCUAUGCGAAACACAACCGUAAACGCUGCGACAAAGGGGAGAUGCCACAGGAGAGAAAGGGUUUAUGGUGAACUGUACAGUCCCAGCACCCACCUGUUUCCUGUUCUCACAUUAGAGUAUGGCAGUAUUUACCUUUUUUUUUAAUUGACUUGUUCUCAAUGAAAGUACGCAACCCUCAUUGUAAAAGGGUUUGCUCAAAACGCUGAAAUAGUAUUAAGACUCUCUGGUCUUUCAAUUUAGAAGGAAAUCGAAUUGCCUGUUAUGCAGGUGUUAUCCGGUUGUUAGCUGUAAUGCCUUCAGGAAUCCCCCUCAGGAGACCCAGACAAUGGUUGCCCUUGACUCCUGAACCACAGCCAGUGAUGUCAAUCAUAAGGAGCGAGCAACUUCAGCACCCACGGCAACUGCAGCACCGCUUCCGGGAGCGGAUCUCCGUAUUAUGGGAUGUAUGGAGGAGACUUGAUGGAAAGACAGGUCACGAGUGACCUCAGGGUUCGAAAACACACAGCCAGCUCUGCCUGGCAGUGCACUGCUGAGUCUUCCCCACUGCCUUCCUUCAAUCCAGUAUGCGUGGCAAAUGAAUUCCACCCCACUGUCAUACGAGAUGAUAUCUCCAGAUCACUAUUGGUAAUUACAACCCUGAAAUCUGGUAUACCGCAAGCUUUGGCUGUCGUUCAUCUUUUCGGUCUGAACUGGGAAGAGGUGUGUUUCACAACUGUGGACUAAUUUUCAUGUCUCGCUCAGUCGGGUUAUCUCCUGUGCUUGGCCAACCAAAGAUGAUUUGAAUUGACAAUAGAAACAAA